AUGGAUGAUAAUAAUAAUAAUAAUAAUAAUGAACGAUUUGAAUCAUCUGUUUCAACAUUGAUCAAUGAUGAACAAUUAGAAGAUAACAUCGCUAAUGAUGUUUCUCAAUUAAUGAAUGAUCUCUUAACAGAAAUCGAAAGUGAAAUAUCUUCUAGUGAUUCAUCAACAUUUACAAGUUUUGUUGUUGAAGAUAUUGUAAAAAAAAUUCGUUUAACAGCAUUAACACAACGACAAUCAUCAAGUACAGAUGAUAUAUCAUCACCUUCACUUUCAAGUUCUAUUGUUGAUGUACCAUCAGUUCAAUCAAGUCGUUCAAUAUCUCCAUCACAAACAAUAUAUGAUUCAAAUCAAAUAUUAUUACCUAUUGAUAAACAUAUUCUUGAUGAUAUUGAAUUAUAUUCACGUGAACUUGCACAAGAAUUUGUUACAACUGUUGAACAAUUAACAUUAUCUUUACAUAAUAUGUCAGCAACAAGUGUUUGUUGUUUACAAACAUAUCGUGAUGCUGUUGGAGAAAAAUUAAAUGAAACUAUUGAAACAAAUAUAAAAACUAUUUAUUCAUUUAUGGCACAAGCAGAACAAUUAAGUGCACAAUUGGCGCCAAUUUAUGAAUUACAAAAGAAGAUCACAUAUAUAAAACAAUUACUUGAUAUUUUAUCACAAUCUAUUUAA